AUGCAGCUUAUACACCACGCUGUUUAUGCCGUCAGUGUCCUGGCGACCAUUGCGGCAGCAGUCCCCGGCCCAAUCGUUGCUAGGGGUGAAAAGUUCCCCGUUUUCAAUGGCGAUAAAUCCGUCAUGGUUGAAACAGAACCCUCUGCGGAGACCGGCAACGUUUUGAUGGAGUUGGCUGAAGGGGAUGUCGACUGCAAGGGCUCUGCCUUUUGCGAAAGACUCGGUUCUAGCUGUGACGAUGCUUAUCGCAAGGUUAUUCCCAGCAACACCUACAGCACUUACCUCGAUGGAACUUGCGGUCUUUUUGUCAGCGGCAACCACUGUGAAGUGACGGGGCAGGAUUUGAUGGACGCCUACAAUGAAAUUCGCAACCGAGGACAUUGCAGCCAUUGCGGACGCAAGCAAAUCGCCAACGGCUCUGCGGCUUCACUUUUUGAGGCCAAUCCCGCUAACUGGGAUAAGAAGCUUCCAGGGUUACAUCACAUUCAUAAAUUUCUGAUCCAGUUAGUUCAGGCGUACGGACGAGACGACCAGAACCUAGGCCUGAGCCAGAGUCAGUGCCAGGCAGCAUUCCCCGGUCUCUUCCAGGACAUCCAGCGAGGGGUCGAGUUUUGGAAGUCGCGAGGGCGCAUAUCAAGAGACGAUCUGCGCACAGUACCAUUAGAAGAUGGCAUGGCCCGCGCCAUCAUCUCCAACGGAGACUUGUACGUCGUGGCGACAAGAGCAAAAGGGGAUGAUCAUAGGCGCAAAAUCCUUGGUACUCUAGGAUCUAUUCAUCGGGCGCUCUCCGCGUCCUCGAAUCGUACCUCGCACCCCACAAUCGAGUUUAUCUUCUCGAUCGAAGAUCGCGUGGAUGACGUUGACGCGGUUGGCCACCCAGUCUGGGUGUUAUCGAGGAAAGCAUCCGAGGAGUCGGUCAUUCUGAUGCCCGAUUUCGGGUACUGGUCCUGGGCCAAGAGUAACAUCGGCCCAUACGGACAAGUCGUACAGAGCAUCAUGACCGCUGAGUCCAAUCUGAAAUUUGCGGAUAAAAAACAGAAGCUGGUCUGGCGGGGUAAGUUGAGCUUUGCACCAAAGCUGCGCCGGGCGCUCUUGGAUAUUGCACGGGGCAAGCCUUGGAGUGACGUGAAGGAGUUGGAUUGGAGCAAGAAGACCAACUUCUUGUCGAUGGAGGAUCACUGUCGUUACAUGUUUAUCGGGCAUGUCGAAGGUCGCGCAUACUCAGCAUCCCUUAAGUACCGACAAGCCUGUCGGUCCGUCGUCGUGGCUCAUAAGCUGCAGUAUAUCCAACAUCACCACUAUCUCCUCGUAUCGUCCGGUCCGGAGCAGAACUACGUGGAAGUCGAGAGAGACUUCUCCGAUCUCCCGAAACACAUAGACGAACUCUUGAAGAAGCCGGACAAGGCAGAGCGUAUAGCUAAUAAUAGUGUCAAAACCUUCCGAGAACGAUACCUAACCCCAGCUGCUGAGGCAUGCUACUGGAGAGCUCUGUGGGAGGGAUGGGCUGAAGUCUCGGCGAAUGUCACACACGACGUUGUACGGCUGCCGGCCGAUAGGGGACUUCGGUAUGAAUCUUUCGUGUUGCUGGACAGUAACGAUAUGUUCAAGUAUUCAUUUGAAUCGGAGUAA